GAUCAAAAAAGAAGUGAAUGUGUAUAAAUCUGAGGAUUCACUUGGUCUCACCAUUACAGAUAAUGGUAUUGGCUCUGCUUUCAUAAAGAUCUGUAUCUGCUGCCCGUGAUGAUUACAUAUGCUUUGACUUUUCUCUUGCUCACCUGGAUUCUCACCUGCUGACUUCUGCCUCUCCUCCCUCUGUCUGGGCACUCUUCUGGUGGCUUCCGUGGCUACUCACAGGGCCAGGUGACCCUACAUUUCUGUUACUCUGCCCUUUAAUUUACCGGCAUUGUGCUAGCUACAGGGCUUACAAUGGUGAAUACGACCAUCUCCAUCCCCAAGAGAAUUAAAGAGGGCAGCAUAAUUGACUCAGUUAAAACAAUCUGUGUGGGAGAUCAUAUUGAAUCCAUAAAUGGAGAAAAUAUUGUUGGGUGGCGUCAUUUUGAUGUUGCUAAGAAGUUAAAGGAAUUAAAAAAAGAGGAACUCUUUACCAUGAAGUUAAUAGAACCUAAGAAGGCAUUUGAAAUAGAGCCAAGAUCCAAAGCUGGAAAUACCUCAACAGGAAAAAUUGGUACCGGAAGGGAGACACUUCGCCUGAGGUCAAAAGGUCCUGCCACUGUGGAAGAAGUGCCCUCUGAAAACAAUGCUAAGGCAAUUGAAAAGGUUGAUGAUCUUCUUGAGAUGUACAUGGGAAUUCGAGAUAUUGAAUUAGCUACCACAAUAUUUGAAGCUGGAAAGGACAAACGUAAUCCAGAUGAGUUUGCUGUGGCACUUGACAAAACUCUUGGAGACUUUGCGUUCCCAGAUGAAUUUGUCUUUGAUGUUUGGGGAGCCGUUGGUGAUGCCAGACGAGGAGGAUUAUGAUGUGGCUGGUCCAUCACUGGAGAAAUGAACCAUUGUUCCUGUGUGUGUGCGUGUUUUUUUUUUUUAAAUAAACCUAUAAGGUCUGUUUAUGGACACUGGUUUGGUUUUAUGUGUAUGGAAUACAUUCUUUUUUUUGAAAUAUAAUUUUGAUUUCUGGGUACUUUUUAAUGCAGAUGAAUAUAUAGGA